CACAGUGUCAGUUUUGUAAUGGUUUUGCAUCAUGGAAAAUGGAAAAAGACUAACUUGGUAUUUAACAAGCAGAAAAAUGAGUGUUACGAGAAGCUUGCCUGGCCUCAGAACUGGCCAACAACUAAAAGGCAAAACAACCAAAAUCUGAAGACAAGUGGGUAUCUAUUCCUCGAACUACUACAUUUGAUGAAAAAGUUUUAAUCCUUCUAGUUAUAUUAAAUAAGAGUAUAUCAAGUAUUUAUCACUAAAUUGAAUUACUAUUUCUGUUCCCAUGAAGAUACAAGUGCCGAUGAUAACUUAUAGGAAAAGUGAUCC